AUGACGCCUGUAGUUGAGAGGCCUGUGCUGCGGUCUGGUGCUGCUGGCCAGCUGGUUGAUGCAGUUGCUGCAACGCUAAAUGCUGCAGGUGUUAUUAAAAAGGGGCAACGUUACAAGGUCAAGGACAAUAUCCAGGCUGUUCACACGAAAUUCGUGGCGGACUUCAAAGCAACAAUUGGAUUCAAGCAGCCGGCAGAAAAUCUAUUGAUUAAAUGUGAUCCCAUUCAGUUAAAGGGAUUCCUGCAGACUCUCAAACUGGAUAUGGAGGGCAAGGACGCCAUCAAUUUGAGACUGAAUAUAGCCACUGCCACGGCCAUUACACAAAAAGCAAAGUCACAGACUAAAAUGACUAUAAAUCGUCGCUGCGAUUAUCCCAUCAAGGGUUUUCCACGAUCUCUGCAGUCUCUGACAAUCAAUAGUAGUCAAUUGGUUAAGCUAAGUUUUGAGAUAUGCUCGUUGCGUAAUCUAACCCAUCUGGAUGUGGCCAACAAGCAGCUAACGAAGAUACCCGUGGAGUUGGGACGUCUGCCCCUGACGAAACUCGUACUUCUUGGGAAUUGUCUGGGAGAACUGAACGAUUGGUCAUUUCUAAAUGGCAUCAAAUUGAGUGAAUCUCUUUGUGAAUUGGAUUUAUCUGGUGGUUAAAUGGCAAAAGCUGGUUCAUUUGAAUCUAAAUCACAAUAAUCUAACCUUUUUACCCUUUGCCAUGCGACGA